AUGAAUUCCCACGACACUGAAUUUCUGGAGAAGGACCCCAACAUUGGCUCCUACAGCCCUCCUACCGACGGGUCUUCUCUGGAGGCCUCAGAUCGGCCAUUGUGGGAUCAUGAGGUGAAGCAGGAGGAAGAAAACGAUUUCAAGUACCGGUCGUGCUCGUGGCAGAAGACGGCAUCGCUGCUGUUUGCCGAGUACAUUGUGCUGGCCAUCAUGUCUUUCCCCUGGUCCUACUCGGUGCUGGGGUUGGUGCCUGGAAUCAUCAUCACCGUCGGCAUGGCGCUCAUGGUCUACUACACGGGCCUCACACUUAUGGAGUACGUGCUGCGUAACCCCGAUCUCAAGGACAUUUGCGAGAUUGGCCAGCAUCUAUUUGGCUCCCGUGUGGCUUGGUGGCUGACUCUGUGUGGUUUCUUGCUUAACAACACCUUCAUCCAGGGCCUGCACGUGCUUGUGGGAGCUGAGUGGCUCAACACCAUCUCCAACCACGCUACCUGUACCAUUGUGUGGGCCGUGAUUAUUGCGGUGGUCUCUGCUGUCCUUACUCUGCCACGUACGCUAUCUGGCUUCACCUACUUUGCUAUCUUCUCGGCACUUACUAUGUUCGCCUCGGUGAUUAUGACCAUGGCAUUUGCAGGCACCCAGGCACACCCCGAUAAGUAUAUCGACUCUCAACCCGUCACCUGGUCCUGUUGGCCCAAGAAGGGCACCACCUAUGUGGAAGGCAUGACCGCCUUUCUCAACAUUGCUUUCACUUUCAUUGGCCAGGUGUGCUAUCCCUCUUUCAUGGCCGAAAUGAAGGACCCUCGAGAAUUCAAGAAGGUGCUGACCGCUGUCACUGUCUGCGAAAUCCUGCUCUACACCAUCACAGGUUGCAUCAUGUAUGUGUACAUUGGAAACGAGUACAUGACUGCCCCUGCCUACGGAUCGCUCACUGAGCCCUACAAGAAGAUCGCCUUCACCUUUUGUGUGCCCACUAUUCUCUUUGCUGGAGUUUUGUACUCUGCAGUCACCUCUCGAAUGGUGUUCGACAAGAUUUUCGAUAAAGAUAGCGUUCACCGAACCCACAACACUGUCAAGGGCUGGGCAACGUGGAUUGGAGUCAUCUCCACCACGUGGGUGAUUGCCUUCAUCAUCGCAGAAGUGAUUCCCUUCUUCUCUUCUCUUCUGUCACUGAUGUCUUCCAUGUUUGGAGCCUGGUUUGGCUUCAUCUUCUGGGGUGUCGCCUACCUGCGAAUGAAGAAGGAAGGUCGGGGAAAGGAAUGGUUCAAGAUUCUCAGUCCGUGGGAGAAGUUCAAGGUCUGUAUCAACGUCUGUCUCAUUGGAAUCGGACUGUACAUCUUUGGACCUGGAAUCUACGUCACCAUUCAGGGCAUUAUUGAUUCAUAUGCUGCCGGAACCGUUGGAGGAGUGUUUACUUGUGCAGACACUGGUUUGUAA